AGGCGGCUGCCCGCCGAGGGGCUGGCCCGGCUGCUCUCCGCGUCCGCGCGGCUGAGCCUGCUGGACGACGAGCGCGUGGCCGACCUCCUGCAGCGCCUCGCGAUGGUAGUCUCGCCGAUCCGCCCUCCCCCCGUGGAGGCCGUGGCCGCGCUGUGCCAGGGGCUGUACUUGGCUGGAUGGGUGGCCCGCGGCCAAGGCUUGUGGCAGAUCGCGGGCUGGCUCCACCGCGCGGGCUCGCCGGAGGCCUGGUCGCCUGCGCAGGCCUCCUCUGCGCAGCGCCUGGCGCUGCGCGUCCUGGCGGACCCGGGCGGGCGCCAGGAGGCCGCCGGCCUGCAGCCGGAGUUGCGCCGCGCGCUGGGCACGGCGGCGCUGGGCGUCCCAGGGCUCGGCGACCGCGCGGUGGCCUCGGACACGACGCUGAAGUUUCGGCACGAGGUCGCAGAGCUGCUGCGCUCGUCGGGCCAGGGCUACGACCUCGACAUCCGCGUGGGCCCCGGGCUCGCGGUGGAUCUGGCGGUGGUCGGGGCGGGCGGGGGCCUUUGGCUGCUGGACGGGCCCGAGGCCUUCCACCGCCCCUUCCCUGCGGGCGGCGCCGGGGGCCCGCCCCUGAGCCUGGUGCCCGGGGAGCGGCGGCGGGCCGAGCUCAUCGAGCGCCUGCUGCUCGACGAGGAGGCCGCGCGGAUGCAGGACGCGCUCCGGAGCUGGCUGGAAGGCGGCGAGCGCCCGGGCGCCCCCCUGCCGACGCUCGGCAGGCGCCCGACCGCCGCGGCGCCGGGCGGCCCCCUGGCCCGGCUGCACUGGGCGGCGUGGGCCAAGCUGCCCAAGCAGGAGCCGGGGCCGAG